AUGGACAAUAAACCACUUAUCACCGUAGCUGAAGCGUCUGAAUAUAAAGAGCUUUUAGCUUUGGAAAAGCUACCUCAAUCAAGUCAACUUUCAUACAAGGCUAUAUUCAAGUCGGUAUCAAGUGAAUGGGAACAAGUGAAAACUGAUAUCACCCAUGUUAAUGAGAAUAUAUUGAAGGAUAUAAAUGAAGAGAUAGAACAAACUGACCAGAUAGAAAAAAAACUCAAAUCUUCAUUCAAAUCUAUAAAUCAGCAUUACCACAAAUUAUUGAAACACAGGAGAAACAGACAGAAUGAUGAAGGUACUUCAGAUUUAUUUCUAAAGUAUAAAAAUGACGUAAAUGAACUUGCUAGUAAUAUCGAAACAAUAGAAAAUGGUCUAGAUAUGGUAAUUCAAAAUAUGAUAAGCUUUGAUUCCACGUCUUCUUUGGACGGCGACAGUCUUUUUAAUAGCAGCAUAAUCACAAAGCGACAUUAUCCAUUGCUAUAUGAUCUUAUUCACAAAAAUUACAAUAAAGGUCAAAAUAGUGACAAAACUAGUAAGGAUAACUCGAAAAUAACGACUGAUGUCACAUUACCUGCAUCCGAUGAGGACAAUUCACCCGACAUAGAAGAACAACAAUCGAAAUUGUCAUCUCUAAGCUUUAGCAUUGAAAAGGCACAAAAUCCUAUUCCAGUUGAUAAAGCCAAAAACACCGACAAUAGCUCAAGAUCAAUAAUAAACUCGAAUGUAAAAAUAAAAAACCCAACACUGAUAUUACCAAUGAUAAAACAACGGGCACAACCGUCAGUUGCACUUGACGCCAAGCCAGUAAUAGCAAGAGAUUCUUACAAAGCAGAUACUAAAUCAAUAAUAGCACCAGAAAUAACGUAA